GGCGGCCGGGCGCAGGGAACAUGGAGAGCGAGCGCGACAUGUACCGCCAGUUCCAGGACUGGUGCCUCAGGACUUACGGGGACUCAGGCAAGACCAAGACGGUGACCCGUAAAAAAUACGAGCGGAUCGUGCAGCUCCUCAACGGAUCCGAGUCGAGCUCCACGGACAACGCCAAAUUUAAAUUCUGGGUCAAAUCGAAGGGCUUCCAGCUGGGCCAGCCGGACGAGGUCCGCGGGGCAGGUGGCGGCGCCAGGCAAGUGCUCUACGUGCCCGUGAAGACCACGGAUGGCGUGGGGGUAGAUGAAAAGUUGUCUUUACGGAGGGUCGCAGUGGUGGAAGAUUUCUUUGACAUUAUCUAUUCGAUGCAUGUGGAAACUGGGCCGAAUGGAGAACAAAUUCGGAAACAUGCUGGACAAAAAAGAACGUACAAAGCAAUUUCAGAGAGCUAUGCCUUCCUACCAAGAGAAGCGGUGACUCGAUUUCUAAUGAGCUGCUCAGAGUGCCAGAAAAGAAUGCAUUUAAACCCAGAUGGAACAGAUCAUAAAGAUAAUGGAAAGCCUCCCACUUUGGUGACCAGCAUGAUUGACUACAACAUGCCAAUUACCAUGGCCUACAUGAAGCAUAUGAAACUGCAGCUGCUCAACUCCCAACAAGAUGAGAUGGGAAAGCAAAGCUCUAAGGAUGAAAGUUCAAUAGAAAGUGACGAAUUUGAUAUGAGCGAUUCAACACGAAUGUCAGCUGUGAACUCUGAUCUUAGCUCCAAUCUUGAGGAAAGAAUGCAGAGUCCCCAGACUCUUCAUGGCCAGCAAGAUGAUGAUUCUGCUGCAGAGAGCUUUAAUGGCAAUGAGACGCUGGGGCACAGUUCAAUUGCUUCAGGGGGAACACACAGCAGGGAGAUGGGAGAGGCCAACAGCGAUGGCAAAGCUGGGCUAGAACAGGAUGAGCAGCCCCUGAACCUGAGUGACAGCCCCCUCUCUGCGCAGCUGACUUCCGAAUACAGACUGGAGGACCACGGCAGCAAUGGGAAAAGCAAAUACAAGAACAUUCUAAUUUCUGACCUCAAGAUGGAACGAGAGACAAGAGAAAAUGGAAGCAAGUCUCCUGCACACAGUUACUCAAGCUAUGACUCUGGCAAAAAUGAGAGUGUAGACAGAGGCGCUGAGGACCUGUCACUCAACAGGGGGGACGAGGAUGAAGAUGACCACGAUGACCAUGACGAUUCUGAAAAAGUUAACGAGACAGAUGGCGUUGAAGCAGAAAGGCUGAAAGCUUUUAAUAUGUUUGUCAGGCUGUUUGUAGAUGAAAACUUGGACCGAAUGGUCCCAAUCUCUAAGCAGCCCAAAGAAAAGAUCCAGGCUAUCAUUGACUCAUGCAGGAGACAAUUCCCUGAGUAUCAAGAGCGUGCCAGAAAACGCAUACGUACUUACCUCAAGUCCUGCAGGCGGAUGAAAAGAAGUGGUUUUGAGAUGUCUCGACCCAUUCCUUCCCACCUUACUUCAGCAGUUGCUGAGAGUAUAUUGGCUUCAGCCUGUGAGAGCGAGAGCAGAAACGCAGCCAAGAGGAUGCGACUGGACAAACAGCAGGACGAGUCUGCUCCAGCUGACAAACAGUGUAAACCAGAGGCAGCCCAGGCUACUUAUUCAGCAUCAAAUGUUCCAGGCUCACAGGAGGUGCUGUACAUCAAUGGAAAUGGGACCUACAGUUACCAUAGUUACAGAGGGCUAGGAGGGGGACUGCUAAAUCUCAAUGAUGCCUCCAGUAGCGGACCCACAGAUCUCAGCAUGAAGAGGCAGUUGGCGACUAGCUCGGGAUCAUCCAGCAGUUCAAGCUCCAGACCUCAGCUGAGUCCAACUGAAAUCAAUGCUGUGAGACAGCUUGUUGCAGGAUAUCGAGAAUCAGCUGCAUUUUUAUUGCGUUCUGCAGAUGAACUGGAAAAUCUCAUUUUACAACAGAACUGAGUCAAAUGAUGACCAUAUUCACUGAGUUCUAAAUUUGCAGUUUCCACUAAUGACAUUUUGAUUUCCCAGCAGAGAUACUUCUGGUCUCACUGCACAAUCUUUUAAGAGAAAUACUUCCAUUAUCGCACAUUGUCCCUGAUCCAUAAAGUGAUGUGUUAAGGUGCUUCAAAGGAACUCUAACCUCUGAAGUACUUGAGAUACUUAAAUGGGCCCAGCCUAUUGCUUUUUGUUUUAGUGUGUCAGCAUAAAUAUCAUGGGCAAACAAGGCUGCAUAUUCUUAACUCAAGGAUAAAACAGAAGAAACUUGUGGUAUUAAAAAAAUGUAGUUCAAGAUCCAACUGAAACAUUAGUGGAAUUUGCUACUGACUCAUUGGACUGAAAGCUGAAUUACCUGGCCCCCCCAAAAAAAGCCAAAUUCUUGUUGCUACAGAAUAUAACAACAAUGAAAAGGAUCUUGUAUUUUAAAGAAAAUAUGUAAUUUUUAUAAAAAGAAUACUUGUUUUUCAUUCAGAAUUGUCAUUUUUACUUUGGUAACUUUUUCAUAGGUCCUAAAAGAAAACUGUUUUGAGAAACUACUGUAAGUACUUUUUCCACAUCCCUUUGCCUUCUCUUUCCAAAUUCUUUCUACAAAAAAUAACACUUGAUGCUGGAAAAACCUUUGCCUACGUUCUUUAAAUCAUCACAUCAGGAAUUACUUCCAAAAGAAGCCUGCAUUUCUGCACUAAUACUGGUCUCAAAAAAUCCACUCCAUACUGCAGCUUUACCGUAGCAGUUUUCAUCAGAAUUUUUUAAAUGUUCAUGUUGAAAAAAAAAAAAAUCACUCCUUGGUUCCUUUAGAACUGCUCACUCCUGAUUGCCGCUGCUGUCUUAUAAGCAUCCUUCUAGCAGCGAUUGGAUGUAGAUGACUGAAUGUUAAGAGGUUGCAAGUGACAAUCUGAAAAUUUGCACUCUUGUGUGUGGUUUUUCUUUUCGUUUUUCUCUUUCUGAAAUAUUUCCAAAAAGACCGUUAUGUCUUCUGGUAUGAUUUGUAUAAUUUGCAGUUUUAGCUAAAAAUAAAGAACUCUCAGCGGAUGCAGCUGCAACUUACAAUGAACUGUUCCCUCCUCUUCUCCAUACUUUGCCCUUCUUUCUUCUUUUCCAGUGUUGGAUACACAUGAGUGGUGUUUUCUUUGUGCACUGAGGCAAGCCUGUUUUUAAAAUAUUUAGGAAGAAGUACUUUAGUUCAUACUUCUUGUAUAAUUAUUUAUUUCUGUCUAUGAGCUUUGGUUGGAUUACAAAUUUUUUGUGCAUUCCUGAAUUUGCCUUAUUUCAUGUAAAAUUUAUGUCAUUCAGUUUUUGACAAUGAGUUGAAGGCAUCAGUGAUAUUUCUUAUCUACUUGUUACAUAUAGUUUUUCAAGUAAUGACUGUGAUUGUGACCAAGUAAUGUGCACUUUUUCUUGUAACUGUGGACAUUGCUAUGCUUUUUUCUUCUAGUGUUUCUAGAAUUACUAUUCCUUACAGUUAUGUAAACAAAAAACCCACAAAAACAAAAAAGAGAACUUUUGUGAUACUGUUGGUGAAUAUAAUGUGAAAAUCUUAUUGAAAUAUGAGUAUUUUGGAAAUACAUAGAUGCACAAACAUCUUUUAAAGUGUGGAUUUAGAAUUUGCUUAUUUAAAUGAAAAAUCAUAAAUUGA